UAAAAAUCUUGAUAACUUUAAACUACAAAUUUCUGCUACCAUGGAAGACUUCUAUGAAAAAGUUAAGCCAUCAAAAGUUAGCCGUAAUUUUUUAUGCCACGGUGAUUGUUGGAUAAAUAACUUUUUAUUCAAGAAAAAUAGUGCAGCCCCUUUCUUAUUAGACUAUCAGAUUUUGAGGUAUUCGUCUCCUGCUUUAGACAUUCAAUUUGUUUUAUACCUCCAUACAGAUAAAAAAACACGUGAUAAUUUCGGAACUAAACUUUUAAAUGAAUAUUACACAAAUCUAAAACAAAAUUUAAAAAAGUAUGAAGUUGAUAUCGAUGAAAUUUAUUCGUAUGAAACUUACCAAAAAUCGUUGGAAAAAUUUAAAUCAAUCGCAAUGAUAGUAGCACUCUCUUAUAUGCAGUUGAAUUUGUUGCCAAAAGAAACUAAACAUUUAUUUAACGAUCCCGUAUGGGUUAAUAGGGUCCUGACAGAAGAACGAACAGAUGUCAUCGAUAAAUAUUGGGAUUUAAUGGAAGAUGGAACAUUUUCUUAUGUCGAUUUCUCGGAAGCCUUUCAAGAACUGGAAGUCCAGCGCGUCGUCCGAGCUUAUGAAAACGGCAUCACCAUGGACAUUCACUGUGCUCAGGAAGGCGAUUGGAUCCGUUUGCCUAAGGAACAGUUUGCCAAGGCGUGCAAGGUCAGGAUCAAUCCCACAGACGUCCUCACAUCAGGUUCACCGGCUAUAACUGGAUUCGUUCAGUACUUGUCACCAUUUUUAGUUCCCACUGCUUUGGAUAAUUUAUUAGAAAGUUCUGAUGUGGUGGGAAAUAUCAGAUUUUCCAGACCGACGUUGUACGUGUUUCCUGGAGGUCAAGGUGAUGCAGCUCUUUUCGGUAUUAACGGUUUCAACAUGUUACUGGACGGCGGUUAUUCAAGAAAAGCUUGUUUUUGGGACUUUGUGAGACAUUUAGAUAGGUUAGAUGCUGUGCUAAUGACAAGACUGAAUAAUAGUAAUGUAGGAGGAAUUAGUUCAGUGCUGAGAAGGAAGAAGCAAGAUGCUCUUUAUCCACAGAUAGGACAUUUUUUUUGUAACAUACAGGAAAGAAAAUCAAGUUUGAGUCCAGACGGAGAUAAAGACAAGGAUCCAUUAUUGAUCAAUCUGUUAGAUGAAGGUCAAGAAAUCAUAUCUAAUCUACGCCAUUUAAAUUUAAAUCCUCAGGUCUGCUAUAGAGAUUCCGAGCCCAUUAAUUUGUACCAUAAAGUAGGACAUGGUACUUUAGAUAUGUACGUACUAAGUCCGGCCAAAGAUUCUAGAGAAGUUAGGGAAUUCCUCAUCAAGUGGAACCACAGCGACCAAAAAUUAUUUGCCAAUGCUAAAUCUAGUCGAGAAUUUAGUUUUCCUAUUCAAAAUCUAAUUUCUAUAUCUGCCUUGCUAGUAUGGCGUCCCGCAAAUGCCAACGAUACCAUAACUAGGAUACUUUACCCAGGAAGUUGUCCUCAGAAUAAAAUACUGGAAGGAUUAGAUAGGUUAAAGAAUUUAGAAUUCAUCAAGCACCCCACGUGUACCGAAAAAUCUCUCGCACCCAUUUCAACCACGAAGAAGACUGCCAAAGAAGCCAUAUUCGACAAAAUCAUUCCUAAAGAAAGACCACCAAUCGAGAAGAAGGAAAAUAAGUUAAUUGAAAAUGACUUACCCCCAGUCAACGGAGAUAUCAAAGAAAAAGAUAAAAUCGUUAAAAAAUCCGACUCAACAGAAAGCGACCGAAGCAUCAAAGUAAAAAAACCAGAAGAGCCUAAAAUAAUCGAAAAUGGAGACAAACCUAAACCCAAAUCGAAACCUCAAAAGCCUAGAGGCGACUCUCAACAAAGGAGAAAGCCGGUAGAAAAGAAAUCACCAACUUUCUCCAAAAAAACAAUUGAAAAUGGAGACAUAAAAAAAUCCACGAAACAAUCCCCAAUAUCAACACCAGCGAAGAGUGCCAAAGAUGCCAGCAAUAGAAAAGUUAUCGAAAAUAAGGCUAAAAAAGAAGUGAGCAAAGCUCAACUACCAAUCGAAACUAAACCGAAAGCUGAAAAAGUUGAAAGAAAACCAAUUUCUAGACGCCCUCCUGUUAAAAAGGCACCCAUCAGUCCAGCUAAAAAAAUAGUAAACGGCAUACAAAAACCUGACAGCAUUUCAAGAAAAGGAAAACUAGACAAAGAAGGCACUACUGAUUCGAGCACUGUUAGUACUCCUUCCGCAGAUCAAGAAAGUGUACUUAAGAAAGACAUAUCAAAACUCACACCGGAAGAAUUCCAUCAGAUGAAAGCUCAAGAACUUGCCGAGCUUAAGGAAGAACAAGAGGCUGUUAAAGAAAUCGAAGCUGUUUUUAGAAAAGGUGAAGACCAUAAGGUCGUAGAUGAAGCAGUACGAAAGGUAAAAGACAUUUCUAUAGACGACAAACUAGAACCUGAAGAAUACCUCAUUAUCGAAAAAGAAGUAAUUGAACAAGUUUCUAUUGAAGAAAAAGAAACCAAAGAUGAAAACCAAAAACUCGCAAGAGAUAGCGAAGAAUCUGAAAAACAAAGAAAAGCUAGUACCGAAGAGCAGGAAGCAGACAAACAAAAAAUUCAGGAACAAUUAAACGGUGUUUCUACUGAAAUUGAAGAUACACCUAAACCACAAGAAGAACCGAUAAUAACAAGUAAAGUAACCAGCCCUGAAGAAAAAGUCGAUGUUUCUACCGACAAAAAAAUUACGGACAAGGAGGGCGAUGAAGAAGGUAAAGAUAUCGCUGAAUCUCAACCCGAAGAAAAAGUAUCGGCUAACAUUAAAUCUGGAGAUACUACUACAGCUCCAACUUUACCUGAAGAUGAACGAAUUCCUCUCGAUGAAAUUAAAGAAGACAUCGGUCCCAUUGAAGAAAAACACGUCAAAGAAGAUACCAAAGAAAAAGAAAUACCAGCAAUACAUGUUCCACCUAAAACUUUUGAAAAUGUCACAAAACUACCUGCCGUUGUUGGUAUCAGAUUAGACAAACAACAACAUAUAAGAGACAUCGUAAAAACACCUGACGAGGUAGCCGAUUUGCCAGUACACGAAGAGGUUGACUACGAAUAUACACAGGAAUUGAAAGUUGAAAUGCCGAAAUCAAAUGAAAUUAUUGAGAAGAAAGAUGACCAAGAAAAAGAAGCUGGAAUGAGCAAAGAGGAUCUCAAAGAAGAAGCAGAAAAAGACUUAGACGAGGUUCUCGUUAGAAAAUCAUCUGUCAUGCAAGAUGAAUUAAAAACUCUUACAGAGAUUGUCUUAAAGAACGAAUUAGAAAAAGACAUUUUGAAAGACUAUGACAAAACUACUAAAGAGGCAGUAACAGCAUUACAACAUGCGAAAGUAGAAACAAAAUCAGAAAUUACAGAGACCAAAAAAGAAGCAGAUAAAGAUGAUAAAAUUCAAGAAAUACUUGUAGAAACAAUUGAAACAGAAGAACAAGAACCCUUAGCCCGAAAGAAGAGAUCCCUUGACAUCGACGAAACGGAACUAAUGGAAAAAGAAGAAAAACGAAUUAAAGAGGAAGUGAAGGAAGAUACUAAAUAUGAAAUUGAAGAGGAAGAUAAAAAGGAAGUAAAGGAAGAUACCAAAGAUGAAGUUAAAGGAGAAUUACUAAAGGAAGACACUAAAGAAGAAGUUAAAGAAGAAUUACUGAAGGAAUACACUAAAGAAGAAGUUAAAGGAGAAUUAAAGGCCGAUUCUAAAGAUGAAAUUAAAGAAGAAGUGAAGGAAGAUACUAAAGAAGAAGUUAAAGAAAAGAGUAAAGAAGAACUACCAGAAGAAGACACUAAAGAGGAAGUUAAAGGAGAAUUAAAGACAGAUAUUAAAAAGGAAAUUAAAGAAGAAGAGAAGGAAGACACUAAAGAGGAAGAUAAAGGUGAAUUAAAGACAGAUAUUAAAAAGGAAAUUAAAGAAGAAGAGAAGGAAGACACUAAAGAUAAAAUUAAAGAAGAACUACUGAAGAAAGACACUCAAGAGGAAGUUAAAGAAGAAUUAAAGACAGAUUCUAAAGAGGAAAUUAAAGAUGAAAUUAAAGAAGAAGUUAAGGAAGAAGUUGAAGAAAAAGUUAAAGAAGAAGCUAAAGAAGAAGUUAAAGAAGAAGUUAAGAAAGAAGUUAAAGAAGAAGUUAAAGAAGAAGUUAAGGAAGAAGUUAAAGAAGAAGUUAAAGAAGAAGUUAAAGAAGAAGUUACAAAAGAAGUCAAAGAACAAGUUAAAGAACAAGUAAAAGAAGAAGUUAAAGAAGAAGUUAAAGAAGAAGUUAAAGAAGAAGUUAAAGAAGAAGUUAAAGAAGAAGUUAAAGAAGAAGUUAAAGAAGAAGUUAAAGAAGAAGUUAAAGAAGAAGUUAAAGAAGAAGUUAAAGAAGAAGUUAAAGAAGAAGUUAAAGAAGAAAUUAAAGAAGAAGUUAAAGAAGAAGUUAAAGAAGAAGUUAAAGAAGAAGUUAAAGAAGAAGUUAAAAAAGAAGUUAAAGAAGAAGUUAAAGAUGAAGUUAAAGAAGUACUACUGAAGAAAGACGCUAAAGAGGAAGUUAAAGAAGAAUUAAAGACAUAUUCUAAAGAGGAAAUUAAAGAAGAAGUUAAAGAAGAAGUUAAAAAAGAAAUUAAAGAAGUUAAAGAAGAAGUUAAAGAAGAAGUUAAAGAAGAAGUUAAAGACAAGGCAGAUUCUAGAGAACAAAUUAAAGAAGUGAAAAAAGACACUACUAAAGAGGAAGUUAAAGAAGAAGUCAAGGUAGAAACUAAAGCGGAAGUUAAAGAAGUGAAAGAAAACACUAAAAAGGAACUUGCAGAAAAACUGAAGGAAGAAAUCAAAGAAGUGAAAUUAGAAACUAACGAAGUGAAAGAAGAAACUAAAGUCGAUCUUAAAAAGGUUGAAGAAAGCCAAGUCUUAAUUAAAGAAACCGAAGAAAUUUCGAUUUUGAAAGAGACAGAUGAAAUAAAAAGUCCAAGAAUAGAAGUAUCUCAAAAAGUAAUUGAAGAAAUAACUCAAGAAAAAGAAGAAAAAGUUAAAGAUGAAACUGUUAUUUUUGAAAAUAAAGAUGUGGUCAACGAAGAUAGUACUAAAGAAGUGCCUAAACAGGAAACAAAAGAACACAUUAUAAAAAAAGUUGAAGAUGAUCAACCAGUUUCUAUAGAUCAAACAAGUCUAAAUGAGAAAGAAACUAAAAUACAAGAAGAUGUUCCUAUAAAAUAUUCACUUAAAGAAGAUAUUGAAGUAUCUAAUGAAAUUUCUAAAGAAACCGAUACCAAGGAAUCUAAAUCAAUAGACGAAGAAAAGACUGAAGUUGUGCCUACAAUUGAUGUCCAACUAAACAGAAUUUCAGAAAAAACUAAACACGAUAGACAAGAAACUGUUGAUCAAAUGCAGAAGAUCGAUGACAAACUACAAAAUCUAAGAGACGCAUUGGUUGAGCAAGAAGUUAAAGCAGACAAAACUGUAGAAAUUGUAGAAAUUAAAGAAGAAAAAAUUAACGAAGAUAUUGAAAAGGUUGCAGAUAUUCUUUCAGACGUAGAUAAAUUCGAGUUAGGUAGAAAAUCACCUAAAGAACGAGAGGAAGAUGUAAUGAAAAUAGUUGCCGGAGUGGCGGAGGUUUUAAAAUCAGAGGUCCCAUUAGAAAAAUUCGAAGCUAAAAUUCCGAUUACUACCUCUUUCAGUACUUACACAGCACCAUAUCCCACCGAACUUCGAGAAACACAUAUUACCACAAUCGAUUCUCCAACUAUCGAAAUGAAAGUAAUCAAUACUGAUAUACCACCAAUUCCUGAAGAACCACAUUACAUCACAUCUUCAUUUUUGGAAGAAGAGCGUAAAAUUGCUCCGAUUCACGAAGCCGAUUCUACUAAAUACGAAGAGAAGUCCGAAGAUAAGCGAAACAGUCUUCUGAAAGAAUCUCAAGAACUUAUGAUGGCAACUUCUAAAAUGUUAUCUGACAUUAGAUUAGGAAAAGGGGAACCCCAACCAGAGUCUGAAGAAAUGAAAGGACAAGCUGAUAAACCUGAAGAAGAAAGUACUGAAGAGGAAAAAGGGGAUGAAGACGUUGGAAUAGUACACAGAAUGUUAGUAACAGCUUCAAGUGAAGACGGCGGUGAAGAAAUAGAAAUAUGUCCUGCAGGUACCAUUACAUUUUCCAAAAGCUCCGAAAGUUCAGGUAGAAGUUCUCCAGAUCCAUCUCAUAAAGCAUCAUCCCAAAAAUCAUCCAUUGUUGAUACUAUAUCAGAUUCUUUGUCUACUGUUAGGCAAGUAGCUGAAAUUCAUUCAGAAAAAGAUUCAGGUAUUGAUGAUGCAGAGCAAGAUAAAGAUGAAAAGGAUUCCACCAAAGAAGAAAAACCAGUUUCCGGAAAAUCAACACCUGAUAUAGAUGCCUCUACAAAAAGUCUUGCUUCUGGAAAAUCUACUCCAGAUAUUUCUGAUACAGAAAAAUCAAAAGAAAUCCCAUCAAUCGAAGAGAUGAAGAAAGAUUUACCAUCCGAUAUUACCAAAAUAGAUAAAGUUGAUGACAAAAAAGAAGGUGCUGGUAUUUUAGACAGAUUAGGUCAAAAGAUUGAAGAAACUUUGACUUCAGUUGAAGAACUUAUCUAUUCUCAGAAAGACGAUGAAACUGAAAAAAGUAAAGCAAAAAUUGAUAAAAAAGAAGUACAAGAACCACCGAAAGUGGAAAAAGUUUUUGAAGAAAAUUCUUAUUCAAUAUCUGCAGUAACUACUGAACCGAAAGAUCUUGGUGAAGUUAAAGACACAUCUGAAGCUAUAGCAGAAGAUGUAACUCAUCCAUUUCAAGAAUAUUUAUCUAACAUUGAGAACGACUUUAAAAAAGUUAAAGAAGAUAUGAUAAAAACUACACACGAUAAAAAAGAAGACAUAUCCGAUAAAACAGCAGAGUCUGCAAUUGAUGAAAUGGCAAAAUAUAUGGAUGAUAUUGAGAAAUCAAAAGAAUCUUUAGAAAAGAAAGUUCCAGAGGCUGAGGAUAAGGUAAAAGACACAAAGCAAGAUAUUUCACAUACAAUUAAAGAACAGUUAAUUGAAAAGACCGAGGCAAUAUCAGAAUUUAAGGAACCAGCUGAAAAAGAAAAAGAUAAAAUAAAAGAAUUGAAAGAUGACGUCGCAUCCAAACACGAAAAAUUAGAAAGUCCUAUUAAUAAUAUAGUAAAAGAUCUUAAACAAGAGGCCGCAGAUGAAAAAGAAGGUUUGGAAAAUAUUAUAAAAGAUGCACAAGAUACCAUAAGCGAGAAGAAAGCCAAGGUAACUGCAGAUCUACAGGAUUCUACGGAACAAAUAGAUAUAGCAAAAGAUUCUGUAUCAAAGGAUAUUAAAGAUUCAAAAGAUACUAUAAUUCAUAAACUUGAAGACAAAGUUUCUGACAUAUCCAAAACUAUAGAAGAAAGCAAAAAAGACAUUAUUGAACAAACAGAUGACGCAGAGAAAGUAAUAGUUGAUAUAACAAAAGAACAAGCUAGCAUACUAGAAGAAAUCAAUAUUAAAGAGAAAGAUAUAAAAUCAGCUGUUCAUGAUUCUCCUAAAGAUACUACCAGAGAUAUUAAUGAAACUUUCGCUCAAGAUAUUAAAGACAUCGGAGAUGGCAUCUUACAAAAAACAGUUCAAGACAUUGCUAAAGAACAAGUCGAUAAUAUGAUUGAAAAUAAAGAUCAAACUGUAGAAAAACUAACAGAGUUUAAAGAUAAAAUAGAUGAUAAAAAGGAAGAAUCGAAAGAUGCAAUUACAGAAAAAGUAGAUGAAUUAACAAUAAAGAAGGAUGGAAUACUAGUAGAUAUUAAUAAUCUCAAACAUGAUAUUGUAGGUAAAGUAGAAGAUUUGGGCACUGCUUUCCAGGAACAAGUUACAGAAAAAUCGGGUAAAAUAAAAGAAACCGAAGAAGAUCUUGUAAAAGAUUUAAAAGUAGCUAAAGAAACCGUUGUUGAUAAGAAAGAGGAAUUAGAAAGUGCAGUUAAAGAAAAAGUUGAUGAUUUUAGUAAGAAGGUAGAUGAAAUAAAAGGAAAUAUUAAAGAUGAUUUAAUGGUUAAAACUGACGUAAUCGAAUCAGAAACAUCUGAUAAAAUAGAUGACUUAUUAAAAAAGCAAGACGAAGUUACAGAUGAAGCAAAGUCUUUGCUAAAAGAUAAAAAAGUAGAAGCUGAUUCGGUAGUACAGGAAAUCUUUGAGAGUAUAACUACAACUAAAGAGUCUAUUCUGCAAACUGCAAAAGAUAUUAAAGAUACAAUUGAAGUCGGUUUGAGUUCUACAAAUGAUGAUAUAUCUAAAACAAAAGAUCAAUUAAAUGAUAUUAAAAAUGACGUUUUGGAUAAAAAAGACCAAAUUGAAUCAGACCUACAUUCUGCAGUUGAUGAAAAAGUUGAUCUCGUUUCAACUAAAAAUGAAAUCAAAGACGUCAAAGAUAAUAUGUUGGAUAAAAAAGGUAAAAUUGAAGCAGACAUACAUUCUGCAGUAGAAGACAAAGUUAAUGAUUUAUCUAAAAAGAAAGAAGAUGCAGAGGAAGUUGAAGCGACUAAAGAAAUUAUCCAAAUUACUGAGAGUAGCGCAACUAAAGAACUAGAAUUAUCAGAAGAUGUGAAAGAUGUUAAAGACAAAAAAGAAAAAAUAGAAUCCGAUUUACAUGAAAUCACUGAUGAUACAAUAAAAAGUGCAACAAAAGACACGCUCGAUACCAAACAAAUAAAACCUGAUUUACAUGAUACACUAAACGACGAUAAGCAAAAUUUAACCGAAAUCAAAGAUGAUGUAUUAAAAGAAAUAAAAGACUCGAAACAUGAUAUUGUUGAUAAAAAAGACCAAUUAGAAGAUGAUAUUCACGAUAGUUUUAAAACAGUAAUAGAUACAGGACUAGAUAUUGUAACAGAUGCACAUGGUAAAAAACAAGAAAUAGAAACAGAGGUAGCUGAUUCAGUAGAAAAUGCAAAGGAAGAUAUUUUAGAGAAAAUGACAAAAUUGGAAGAAAAUGUUCAUGAUAUUAUGCAAGAAAAUGUAGACGAUGUGAAAGGUCUUAUAGAAGAUGUACACGAUAAAAAAGAUCUCCUAGAAACUCAGUUAAAAGACACUGUGAAGGAUGCAAAAGAUACCGUGUCUGAAACAAAAACUGAAGUGUUAAAAGAUACCAAAGGUGACAUAUUAGAUACAAAAGAUAAAUUAGAAGGUGAUGUUGAAGAAAAAGUAGAAGUAUGUGAGAAAUUAUUGCAAGAAAGUGUCGACGAAAGAAAGGAUAAAGUUGAAGCUCUUUCAAAAGAUAUAAAAGAUAACGUUGUUGAAAAGGCAGACAAAUUAGCUAUAAGUAUGCAUGAUACAGUUGAUGAGAAAAUUGAUGGCCUUAAAGAAAUAAAAGAAGAUAUUUUAAAACAAGCAGAAAACGUUAAACAAGCCGUUUUAGACGACAAAUACAAAUUAGUUGAGGAAAGUAAACAAACCAUAAAAGAAAUUCAAGACGAGGUUAAACAUGAAAUUGAUACCAGACAUCAAGAAACCAUUGAAGCUGUUUCCGUAACAAAAGAUUCAUUAGAAAACGAUAUUAAAGAUUUUAUUGUAGAGCAAAAGGGUACGCUUGAAUCUGCAGAUGAGAAAUUUGAUAAAACAAAAACCGAGCUGCUACAAAGUACAAAGAGCAUCAAAGAUGAACUUCUAGAUACUAAAGAAACAUUUAAAGCAAUUACUAGUCAAAAAUUAGAUGACACUACAAAGAAAGAUGAAAAACUUGGAGAAAUAAAACACCAUGCCGAAGAUCUAGUAAAAGAAACAAAAGAAACUUUAGAUAAAGAAAAGGAUUCUUUAAUGAAAGAAGUUGAAGAUGCAAAGAAAGAUAUUUUGGCUAAAAAAGAAGAAAUAGAAUCCACCAUAGCACAAGAAGCCGAUAUUUUAUCAAAAAAGAAAGAUGAAAUACUUGAAGAUGUUAAAGAUAAAAAAGAAAAAUUGCAGACUACUAUCCAGGAUAAAGUUGCGGAAAAAGUUGAUGAUUUUACAAAAGAAAAAGAAGAAUUAUUAUCCAAAGUAAAUGAUGCACAAGAUGCAUUUAAAGCAGAUAUACACGAAACAGUAACUGGAUUAAGCAAGAAAACAGAUCAAGUCAAUGAUGUAAUUGUUGAUACUACAAAAGAAACUAAAAAUACCAUAAUUGAACAGAAAGAAAAGUUACAAGAUAAGCUUGAUGAUGUCAGUAAAGCCAAAGAACAACUAUCGGAAAAUCUAAAACAUAUUAAAUCAACUGUGGCAGACGAAGCAAGCGAAGUUUGCAAUGAUGUUUUAGAUAAAGCAGGUAAAGCAAAAGAAGCAGUAAAGGAAACAUUCACGGAAACUAAAGAAAAUCUAAAAACAGAAGCUUUAACUGUUAUUGAUAAAGCUGAAAAGGAUGUUCAACACACUGUAACAAGUAUUAAAGACGAUACUAUGAGUAUCACGAAUAAAGUAGAGAAAGUAUUGUCAGAAAAAAUUUCAAGUUUUGGUCAAAUGUUCUCCAAAACUGACCCAACCACCAGUAGCGCUGAAUCUGAAAAAAUAACCAAGGAUACGCCAGAAACUAAAGAUGAAAAAUCUCCAUCAGAAAUAGAAACUAUGGAUGAAAAAAUGUCUAAAAAGGAAGAAAUCCUAGAAGAAGCGGCGAAUGAUUUAGAAGAUACUUUCGAAAACAUAGUUAAUAUGACGCAAUCGGUUAUUUUUAACAAAUGUGAUGAACCUCAGAAAGAAAAUAAAGCAUUAGAAGAAGACAAACCCGAGACUGUAUUAGAAAAAAGUACCAAAGAUUUAGAAGAAACUUUUGAACUUGUAGAAGAUAUGUCGAAAUCGGUAGUUUUCGAAAAAUGCGAAACGCCUGGGAAAAGAAAAUCUACAGACUUUGGGGAAGGUUCUGUAGAAAAAUACGAAAAAUUAGACGAACUCGAAAAAGGCGAAAAAGAAACAAUGGAGAAAAGUAAGAAACAAUCGUCCCAAGAAGAUUCCAACGAGCCCAAAUUUCACUCUGAUAUUCAAAUAACUCCGCCAGAAAAAAAUGAGCAAAAGACUGUUGAAAUAUGUGAUAAAGAUACUUCUAAAAGUAUACGCGAUACCUCUAUAAAGGAAGAUAUUAAAGAAUUUGAUAAGCAAAAGGAAAUACAAGAUAAUCUGUUACACGAAAAACAAUUCCCGGGUCGUAUAACACCUCCGACAGCACCUGUCAGUCCAAAUAUAACUGACGAAGUAAAAUUCACCAGUACUACAGGUCCUUUGGUUAAAGAUGCUGGAAUGGUGGAAGCAGAAAUAUCGUCUGAUUUUUCAUCGCAACACUUAGACAGAGACAGCGAUACUGAGGAAGAGCAGUACAGUAUAACCUCUCAAGUGGCACAUUCUAGAGAUUCCUCACACGGAGAUUUCGAUUUACUUCGCAACCAGGAUCCUAUGAGCAUGUCUUUCUACGGAGCUCUACCAGAUGAAGAAGACGAUGUACACGAGAUAUCUAAACAGAAGAUUGUGGAAUCAACUGUUGAUAAGACCGACAGUAAAAAGAAAGAAGAUAGCUCAGCUGCUCAAGCAUCAUCUUCAACUGGUGAAGAAAAAAAGGACCCCAUUGAAACUUGGGGAAAACCCUUAGAGUUGCCAGCUCCAUCUUGUUUGUAUGAAAUUACCAAGGCUAAAUAUUCAACGCCUGGUUUUAGGGACGAAGAUGAAAGUGAUGAACAUUUAGCAAGUAACUUUAGGGCAUCUCAAGCCAUGGAUAUGAUGACUGCCAGUUUUUACGGAGAUUUACCUACCGCUGAUAAUGAUCCAAUCCACUCAUGGGGUAAGCCCUUAGGUUUGCCCAGUCCAGCUGCUCCAAAUGACAACAAAGGCACACCGAAGAAGGAAAAGAAACUUCCUGCAACCGUAACGGCCAAAAAUAAGUUGAACGAUGACAAGAAGAGAGCUGAGUCGCCGUCAAAGUACAACAAAAACAAGAAAAUCAAUCCAGUUUACGUGGAUCUGACUUACGUGCCUCAUCAUGGCAAUACUUAUUAUGCAUACGUGGAUUUCUUCAGAAGAGUGAGAGCUAGAUAUUAUGUGUUUUCCGGCAUUGAGCCUAGUAGAGAAGUGUAUAAUGCUUUGUUAGAGGCUAAACAAACUUGGGAAGACAAAGAACUGGAAGUCACCAUUAUCCCAACUUACGAUACCGACAUCCUAGGAUAUUGGGUAGCCGAAAAUGAAGAACUACUAACGAAGUACAAGAUCGACUUAUCACCUUCCGCAUCUCGAUGCACCAUCAACCUACAAGAUCACGAAACAUCCUGUAGCGCCUAUAGACUAGAAUUUUAA